AUGAAUUAAACUACCCCUAAAUCCAUUGGAAUCAAUUAUGCAAGUAAAUAACAUAUAUUGAAUAUUAGAAUUAAGAAAAUAAAAAGGAAAGGAAGAAACUUUACCAAAAUCAAUGAGCACUAAUCUAAAAUUUGAUAUUUAUUAGAAUCAUUAACAUGGCAUACUGAAACAUAGAAGUACUUCACAACAUAAUAUUAAUGAAUACACUUAAUAAUAAUAAUAAAUGCAAUUAUUUGAAUAAUAUUUCAAUCAUUCCAAAAUUUCAUUUACUUUUAUAGAAUUUGUAACCAAAUAAAUAUAGUAUCAUAACUAACCAAUAUAAGUAUCGUAUUAUUUUUAUUGAGAAAUUGAUUAAUCCAAAUAUUUUUAAGAAUAGUUAAAGAAAAUGGGAAGAAGAAAGAAGAAAGAUUCUAUAUGAAUUAAAUUAAUAAAAGGAAGAUAAUUGUAUAUUGUAAACUGAAUUGCAUGAUCUAAAAAGAUAAAAAAAUACAUUGUCAAAAUAAUGUGAUAAUUUAUAGGUUAUUAUUGUAUAAGAAAGAUUGGGAAAACAACAAAGACAUUAAUAAUUUUAUUAACAUAAAUUUUAAGAACUUACUAAAAAUUUUCAUAUGCCCACCUAAGAAACUAUAUCAUCAUUAACUGAUGAAAGAGUAUUAUCUAUUACAAUUAUAGUUCGAAAGCAAUGAAACUUCUCUUGAUUCCUCCUUAUCUAAUGAAGAUGAUGAUCCAUCUAUCUAUUCUAAUUAAUUAUUCGAAAUCCUUCAGACUGGUAAACAUAGAUAUCAGUUUUCCAAAAAACUUAAUUGA